CCGACUUUUACUUGAAAAUUAGACAAAGCACAAACAAAAUUCGACUUUCAUUUUCGAACGUUUUCAGACGAUGUUAGGAUCUGACGACUAAACUGCUGCCUUUUUUGGUAGAAAAAUACAUGUACAUAAAUUGGUGUAAGAGAGGUAGUGUCUAGUUGACCUUAGUCUUUUGCUUUACUAGUUUAAAGCAGCACAAUGGCGGGAAAUACAGCUGCUUGUAGUGACACUUCAGAAGCUAUAGAUUUAUUCAAACCUCAGGGUCUUUAUCUAAAACCAAUAGCAAAAAUUAAUGUCUGUGUUCAACUCCCUGCAUUGAAAGAACCAGGAAAGACUAUUUCUAAUUGGGAAGUCAUGGAAAAAAUCAAACACAUGAUUAAACCUCAUGUAUUCUUGUCUCUCAAAAUAGUAAAAAGUACUCUAGAGUUCAUUCGACUAGAAGGUGAAUUGGAGAAUAAAUCUUUGAUAAAAACCUUAAUGCAGAGAUUGGAAGGCAAGACCAUAAAACUCAGUGGGUUUUCAGAAACAUUGAAAGUCAAAGCUGGGGAAGCAAAAGUAUCAUUUCCUCUCAAACAUGACUGGGAUUCUUAUUUUAGAGAUGCAAAACACAUGAAUGAAAUGAAACCAGGUGAAAGACCAGAUACAAUACACUUUAAAGAUCUGCCUAGUCGAUGGUUCGCGUCGUAUCACAGUAAAACCAAAGACAAGCCAUGUGAAAUGGUUUUACGGAGAGUGUUUGAAGGGUUCGGUGAAAUACGUUGUGUAGACAUUCCAAUGUUGGAUCCAUACAGAAAAGAAAUUCUCCCUGGAAUCCAGACAUUUUCAUUUGGACAAGAUCUGACAUUUGAAUCUUAUGUGCAGUUUAAAGAAUAUAUUGGGUUUAUGAAAGCAAUGGAUGCCUUGAGAGGAAUGAAGUUUCUGUACAUUGGAGAAGAUGAAAAAGCCUACACUGCCAAUGUGAAGGUUGAUUUUGAUAAGUCAAAGCAUUUAUCAGAUAAAUGUAUUAAGAAAAGAAGAAUAGAAAGAUGGAAGUUACAGUUACUUGAGAAAGAAAGAGAAGAAAAAGUGAAGAAGGAGAGAGAGGAAACAGAGAGAAAACAAGAGGAAGAAAGGUUAAAAAAAGAAAAUGAUGAGAGAGAGAAAGAAAGAAGGAGAACAGAAAAAAUUGAAAAGAAAGAACUAAGGAGAAAAGAAAGGGAAGAAAAGAGACGAUUGCAAAGAUUAGAAAAACGAAGACUAGAAGAUGAAAAAAAAUAUCAGAUUAAAUUAGCAUUAGAAGAAAGGAAGUUUUUAAUAGCUCAGAGGAAGCUAGAGUCUAUCAGAUUGUUAACAGAAUUGUUUGACAGAGUAAAGGAAGAGAAAGUGAAAGAGGACUUAGAAAAGCGUGAAAUAGAACUAGAAGAUGAAAGGAAGAAACAAGUAGAAGCUGAGUCAUUGAGAAAAGCAGAGGAAAAACAGAGAAAAGAAGAACAGAAAAGAAAAAGAAGGAUGGAUUUAGAACAUCAAGAAUAUGAACUCAGACACAAAAUACUCAAAAAUGUUAAAGCCAAAGAAGAGAAAAAAGAGGAAGAAAUAAGAGAACAGUUGAGAAAAAAGUUAGCUAAAAAGAAAGGAAAAGUGAAAUUAAAAAGUGCUAUUGUCCUGAAGAAAUGACUUGCCAUAAAUCUCAAUAUUGGUGCUGUUAAUAAUGUAAUGUCACCUGUUUAAUCAGUUGACAAAUAUUUUGAAUGUGUUUUUGACCUUCUAAGGGUUAAUAUAAGUGUGCAGUCAGAUGACUCAGAAAUAGGGAUAUCAUGAAAUACAUGUUGUACUAUUCUGUUGUCAGGGGAGGUCCCUUUGAUUCUGACAGAACUAAUGAAACAGCAGUUUGUAAGGCUUGGCCCAGAAUGUUUAGACAAGCAAUUGUUAUGACUGGUAGAUGGAAUGUAAAAGUUUAAUAUGGAAAAUAUAGGUUUACAUUUUAUUGUGAUUCGAUCAUGUUCAAUCAAUAUUCUAAAUGCCAAAAUUAUGAAUGGUAAAAGUUAUUGGGGUAUUGUUAUUUGAUAAUCAAUGUUCUUUAAGUCAAAGUUAUGAAAGGAAGAAUAGUUUGAAUGUAAUUUUUUUAGCAAGGUACAUUGUAACUCAUUUAUUUUUUCUUCUGUGUACAUUUGUAUAUACAUAUUCAGCAAACUUACAGGUUUAUUUGUACAUACCUACUGAUAAGAGAGACUGUUUUAACAUGUCUUAGAUGUUAUCUUCUGCCUUCCAAGUUGUGAUAUUAAAAUCAAUACAGAGUAAAUUGUUUCCUUUGAUCAUUUAUUAGUCUAAGCACAUUGCAGUUUUCUUUUGAAACAAAAUGCAGAUAAAGAACUCAUUACCUAAUGUAUUCAAAUCACUUCUAAUGAUAACCGAAAACACAGUUUACAGUUUUUUACAUGUUAAAGUAUCCACUUCAUGUGAACAAAAAGAACACAUUAAGGAAAAAAUGAAAGUGAUGUUUAUUUAUAUAAACUUUCAUGACUGUUUCAAUGAUAAACAUGUUCAGUGGUUUAUUAGUUUAAUGCAGUUGCAACCCACUGUUCAAUAUAAUGUAUCAUUUAUCUUGUACAUUAUUUGUUAUCCAAUGUAUCUUAUUGUAAUAUUUUGAUGACAUGAUCAUUUACAAAUAGUUUCUACUGCAUUACAUUUUUUGUCUUGGGUUGGAUACAUGUUAGUUUCAAAUUUCUGUUUGUCUCACUCGUUAUUUUGUUUUAAUUAUUCUAAUGUUUUUCUCUUUUAAAAUAUUACAGUUACCAGAAAUGGGACUAACAGAUCUGAUUUGGUUGGUGUAUUUUAUGUAAAGAAAAAUCUUUAUUUAUCAAAUGUAACAAAUGCAAAAUGUAUAACAUGUAGUUUUAAAACUUUUGUCUAUUUUGAAAUUGAUUUUGAAAUAACUUUUCCAAUUUGAAAUUUAGUUUUGGAAAGAUUACAGGAUUUGUCUAAUUUGAAACUAGUUAUGAAAACAUAUUUCUAAUUAAUUUCUAAUUAGAAAUCAGUUUUAGAGUUCUCAUUGCAAAAAAACAAUAGCCAUUUCUUCUAAACAUUAUAAAGUUGUUUUGUAUCCACAACCCCUUUCACUUAAUUUAAGCUUGAUUUCAGUUUUCAUCUGCAGUGUUUGGGGUAUGUCAUAUAAAACUAUGAUCUCCAACCUAUCAUUACUAAUAGGCCGAAAUAUGAAUAUCUAUGGGGAUUCUGCUUUCAGUUUUCUGAUUAUAAUUUCCUUCAGGUGUUAAGGUGAAUAAUCUUAUAUACAGUAAACUGUAAUGUACAAUUUCGUCAAAGAUGAUUGUAAAAGAUGACUUAAAGUAAGUGUAGUAUAACAUUAUGUGUUAAUACUGAGACAGAGUUAUUAUUGUUAUUAUUAUUGUGUUUUUGAAACUAGAAGUUACUAGUAUUUUUAUGUACACAAAUUGUUUUAUAUUGAACUUUGAAGAAUAAAGCCAUGUUGAUUUGUUA